GUCCAUCUCGUUAGUUUUUUUUUUAUUCUGGCUGCUCAUUGUCUAUUGGUGGUACAGUGUCGUCUACCUAAUAAUUAACAUGCGUCUUUCAGCCAAUAUGGCCACCACUAAGGGUUUUGCUUCUAUUCUGCGGUCGACGAAUUUGUGUUUAAUCGGUCGUAACAAAUCACAAACUGUCCAAACCCCAAUCUUAUCGAGAUGCGGCAAUUGCAGUCAAUUUUAUAAUUACAGUUCGCAGUCUGUCAAUCCGUGGUCUCGAUUAAAAACUCAAAAAUAUUGCAUAUCAGGAACUUUGCAAGUUUAUAGAAAAUUUCAUUUAUCAAGCGGAUUAUUUGCAAAGCGAAAUUAUUAUGAAAUAUUAGGCAUUUCGAGAAAUUCAUCUGCAAAAGAUAUUAAGAAAGCUUACUAUCAGUUGGCAAAGAAAUAUCAUCCAGAUACAAAUAAAAAUGAUCCGAAUGCUAGUAGAAAGUUCCAAGAGGUAUCAGAAGCAUAUGAAGUCCUUAGCGAUGAAACUAAAAGAAAAGAAUAUGAUACAUGGGGUGCAACGUCGGAACAAAUGGGAAUGGGUUCAUCGUCUGCAUCAGGAAAGAGUCACGAUACUCGUGACUUUAAUUGGCAAUUUAAAUCAUCCAUAAAUCCUGAAGAGUUAUUUAAAAAGAUUUUUGGUGAUGCUGGUUUCAAUACUGUUGGUGGUUUUCCAGAUUUUGAAGACUAUGCAGAAUCCAAAUACGGUUUUGGUUCUGCUCAAGAGGUGAUAAUGAAUUUAACAUUUUCUCAAGCUGCAAGAGGUGUUAAUAAAGAUAUAAAUAUUAAUGUUGUCGAUACAUGCCCAAAGUGCAUGGGUAAUAGGUGUGAAUUAGGAUAUAAACCUAUAAAGUGUAAUUAUUGUAAUGGAACUGGAAUGGAAACAAUUAGUACCGGGCCGUUUGUUAUGCGUUCUACAUGUAGGCAGUGUCAUGGUACUAGAGUGUACAUAAAAUAUCCGUGUAUGGAAUGUGAAGGAAAAGGACAAACAGUACAACGAAAAAAAGUGACAGUACCAGUACCAGCCGGAGUCGAGGACGGCCAAACAGUGCGAAUGGCUGUUGGAAACAAGGAACUUUUUAUAACAUUCCACGUGGAAAAGUCGAAUUAUUUUCGCCGUGAUGGAGCAGAUAUUCAUACGGAGGCCGACAUCUCGAUUUCUCAGGCCAUUCUCGGUGGCACUAUAUGUAUCGAAGGUGUUUAUGAGAACAUCACCGUACAAAUACGACCGAAUACAUCCUCGCAUACUCUCAUACGUCUCGGCAACAAGGGCAUUAAGAAAGUGAACACAGUCGGUAAUGGUGACCAUUAUGUUCAUAUCAGGAUUAAACUGUCGUCGUCGCUUAGUGAAAAGCAGCGGGCUUUGAUACAGGCUUACGCGGAAUUAGAAGAAGAUACGCCUGGGCAGGUGUACGGUGUUACCUCUAAAAAGGAUGGAUCAAAACAAUGUUACUUAGAGCCAUUUGAUCUAAUGGAUUUGAUAAGAGAAGCAUUAAAUAGUAAUGAAUCGACGAAAAAGAAAGAGAAAUCCUCACGAACGAGUGAUCCUUCGGAUAAAUCACUAGACGCUUCGGAUGACGACGAUGAAAGUGCAAGACAAAAAAUGUCUUAAAAAAAAAUGCAUACGCACUUAAAUGUAUAUGGAUAACUCUUGGGAAUACAAAAUAUUGGUUUGUACGUGAUAAAUGUAUACGUGACCAUAAACAUAGAACCUCCAAAGAUUUAUAUAAUAUAUCGUUCAAUGCUUUUAUUAUCAAAGUAAAUAAGGAACAAUUGCU